CUCCCCAGCCGGCCGCCUUCUCCCAUGUUCCCCUCCUCCGGGUGGGGUAAUGGUCCGACCCAGAGUGUGGCGCUCAUCCUGGAGGGUGACAAGCCAAAAUGGGCUCCGGGCCUGUGGCCCAACGGACCGAGGCCGAAGGGGAGCGGCGGCCGGCGGCAGGAGGAUGGUGCAGAAGGAGAGCCAGGCGGCGCUGGAGGAGCGGGAGAGCGAGCGCAACGCCAAUCCUGCCGCCGCCUCGGGGGCUUCGUUGGAGCCGUCUGCAGCUCCGGGCCCCGGAGAAGACAACCCCUCGGGAGCCGGGGCGGCGGCCGUGGCCGGGGCGGCCGGAGGGGCCCGCAGGUUCCUGUGCGGCGUAGUGGAAGGGUUUUAUGGAAGACCUUGGGUUAUGGAGCAGAGAAAAGAGCUCUUUAGAAGGCUUCAAAAAUGGGAAUUAAAUACAUACUUGUAUGCUCCAAAAGAUGACUACAAACAUAGGAUGUUUUGGCGAGAGAUGUAUUCAGUGGAAGAAGCUGAGCAACUUAUGACUCUCAUCUCUGCUGCACGAGAAUAUGAAAUAGAAUUCAUCUAUGCUAUUUCGCCAGGAUUAGAUAUCACUUUUUCUAACCCCAAGGAAGUAUCAACAUUGAAACGCAAAUUGGACCAGGUCUCUCAGUUUGGAUGCAGGUCAUUUGCUUUGCUUUUUGAUGAUAUUGACCAUAAUAUGUGUGCAGCAGACAAAGAGGUGUUCAGUUCUUUUGCACAUGCACAAGUUUCCAUCACAAAUGAAAUUUAUCAGUACCUGGGAGAGCCAGAAACCUUCCUCUUCUGUCCUACAGAAUACUGUGGCACUUUCUGUUAUCCAAAUGUAUCUCAGUCUCCUUACUUGAGGACUGUGGGUGAAAAGCUGCUCCCUGGAAUUGAGGUGCUUUGGACAGGUCCAAAAGUUGUUUCAAAAGAAAUUCCAGUAGAAUCUAUUGAAGAAGUUUCUAAGAUCAUUAAAAGAGCUCCAGUGAUCUGGGAUAACAUCCAUGCUAAUGAUUAUGAUCAGAAGAGGCUGUUCCUGGGUCCCUACAAAGGAAGAUCCACAGAGCUCAUCCCAAGGCUAAAGGGAGUACUGACUAAUCCAAAUUGUGAAUUUGAAGCUAACUAUGUUGCCAUCCACACCCUUGCCACUUGGUACAAGUCUAACAUGAAUGGAGUGAGGAAGGAUGUGGUGAUGACUGACAGUGAAGACAGUACUGUAUCAAUACAGAUAAAGUUAGAAAAUGAAGGCAGUGACGAAGACAUUGAGACUGAUGUGCUCUAUAGCCCGCAGAUGGCUUUAAAGCUGGCUUUAACUGAGUGGCUGCAGGAGUUUGGUGUACCUCAUCAGUACAGCAGUAGGCAAGUUGCACACAGUGGCGCUAAGACAGGUGUAGUGGACGGGACUCCCGUAGUUGCAGCGCCCUCUUUAAAUGCCACAACUGUAGUUACAACAGUUUACCAGGAGCCCAUUAUGAGCCAGGGAGCAGCUUUGAGUGGUGAACCCUCAGCGCUGACCAAAGAAGAAGAAAAGAAACAGCCAGAUGAGGAACCCAUGGAUAUGGUGGUAGAAAAGCAAGAAGAGCCAGAGCACAAGAAUGAAAACCAAAUACUAACUGAAAUUGUUGAAGCAAAAAUGGCAGAGGAGUUGAGACCAAUGGACACUGAUAAGGAGGGCGUGGCAGAGUCCAAGUCCCCAGAGAUGUCCAUGCAGGAAGACUGCAUUCAUGACGUCGCUCCUAUGCAGACAGAUGAGCAGACAAACAAGGAGCAGUUUGUGCCAGGUCCUAAUGAAAAGCCUCUGUACACUGCAGAGCCAGUGACUCUAGAGGACCUGCAAUUACUUGCUGAUCUCUUCUACCUACCUUAUGAGCAUGGACCCAAAGGAGCACAGAUGUUACGGGAAUUCCAGUGGCUUCGCGCAAACAGCAGUGUUGUCAGUGUCAAUUGCAAAGGGAAAGACUCUGAGAAGAUUGAAGAAUGGCGGUCACGAGCAGCCAAGUUUGAAGAGAUGUGCGCACUGGUGAUGGGGAUGUUCACGCGGCUCUCUAACUGCGCCAACAGGACGAUCCUCUAUGACAUGUACUCCUAUGUGUGGGAUAUCAAGAGUAUAAUGUCUAUGGUGAAAUCUUUUGUGCAGUGGUUAGGGUGUCGUAGUCAUUCUUCAGCACAGUUCUUAAUUGGAGACCAAGAACCCUGGGCCUUUAGAGGUGGUCUAGCAGGAGAGUUCCAGCGUUUGCUGCCUAUUGAUGGAGCAAAUGAUCUCUUUUUUCAACCACCCCCACUGACUCCUACCUCCAAAGUUUAUACUAUCAGACCUUAUUUCCCUAAAGAUGAGGCUUCCGUGUACAAGAUUUGCAGAGAAAUGUAUGAUGAUGGAGUGGGUUUACCUUUUCAAAGUCAGCCUGACCUUAUUGGAGACAAGUUAGUAGGAGGACUGCUCUCCCUCAGCCUGGAUUACUGCUUCGUCCUAGAAGAUGAAGAUGGUAUUUGUGGUUAUGCCUUAGGCACUGUAGAUGUGACCCCCUUCAUUAAGAAGUGUAAAAUUUCCUGGAUUCCCUUCAUGCAGGAGAAAUACACCAAGCCGAAUGGUGACAAAGAGCUCUCAGAGGCUGAGAAAAUAAUGUUGAGUUUCCAUGAAGAGCAGGAGGUGUUGCCAGAAACUUUCCUUGCCAACUUCCCCUCUCUGAUCAAGAUGGAUAUUCAUAAAAAAGUCACUGACCCGAGUGUCGCCAAAAGCAUGAUGGCCUGCCUCCUGUCAUCACUGAAGGCCAACGGCUCCCGGGGAGCUUUCUGUGAAGUAAGACCAGAUGAUAAAAGGAUUCUGGAAUUUUACAGCAAGUUAGGCUGUUUUGAAAUUGCGAAAAUGGAAGGAUUUCCAAAGGAUGUGGUUAUACUUGGUCGAAGCCUGUGACACUUGUUGGCACUGUGAACUGUCCAAAAGUCUCUUAACUCCACCUUGUGGUUGGUGGUUGAGGUCUUCACACAGUUCAGUGUCUGGAGCGGCAGCAGAUCAACCAGUUGACUUGGAAACAAAGAUGACUGUAACGUGCAUCCAUCACACUUUCAGACGCUCGCUGGUUGGGAGAAGAUAGUACUGCUGCGUAUCCCGUGCGCUGGUGUGCUCCUCUUUGGGUCUUGUGUCAGUGUCAGGGCCUCUUCUAUGGGGUUCUCUAGGGAGAGGUUCUUAAAUAAAUGUAGUCAGCACUAUUUUCUGCAUCCAGUGUGGUUGCAUUUCUCACCUAAGAGCAAUGAAGAUCAAUCACUCUCUUUAUUCUCCUUGGUGUGCAGAAUGAAAUGUCUCUGUUCUUUGGAGACAUGGCAGGAAUGAGAAAAAUUUAGUGAGUUUCAAUUUGGGGCAAUUUUUCUGCUUUUUGUAAAGUUCUGGGCAACUGUCUCAUGUAACUGUUGGUUCAGGCCAUUGUGCUCUGUUAGGGACAAGUGUGCAUUUGUUUGUGGCAGAGGCCUAAACUGACAAAACUUGUACAUCUCUGUAUAUAGAUAGCUGUGUCCCGACUGCUUUGUUUACUGUUUUAUAUAUUAUGUUUUUUCCCCUUUGAAAAUGAAAGGUGUUGGAUAGGACAGCACUUUGAAUAAUGUAAACCAGGAUGGUGGAUUUCCUUUACAUCUGUCCCUUUCUUCCUAAGAAGUUUUAUUUUUGAAGUGCCUCCCACGUAGGGAUAGGCCCUGACUUUGGGGUAUGAGCACCUAACUUCAUAUGACUCAAAUCUGUUGGAAGUGCAGUUACUUCUGGGAGUUAACCUUAAUAGCAGAUCCGCAUGUGAAAUGUUUUGACAUUGUCAAGUAAGGGUAAGGGGACUGACUAAUAGUCUCAUUUGCCUUUGGAACAAUUGUCAUUUAAUCGCAAAGGCCUGUUAACUAACUACUGGUUUAAUUGAAUCAGUCUUUAAUUCUUGCAUGUUUGUAUCUAAUUUUUAAAAGAAGAUAAGUAUAUGUUAACCAUAGUAUACUUUUUCUUUUAGUCAGAGAUUCUGAAAACUUCAUGUUAUUUUAAUUUAGAUUUGGUGAAUUUAAGGGUUUUGAGCAUGAAGCUGGCAGAUAUUCUCCGCAGGAUUAUUAUUUUUUAAUCAUGGCUAGCUAUCUAGUAACUUUAUAGAUUUUCAACAGUAUUUUGUUACCUUGCUUUCUUUCAGUUUUACAUCAGCUUUUGAACUUUGAGCUGAGGGGGGAGAGAGAAAAGGAAGCUUGAAACAUUUUCCUUUCUAGAACUCCAGUGUGAGCUUGUGAGAUGAUAGUUUUUCGUUUAGCAGUAUAUAUAAUGGAUCCAGUGACUUGCACCAGAGACCCAAGAGUGUAUUGAAAUAUGCCACCUCAUUGGAGUACAAACCUUUGAUAGAAUGUGUUGGAAAAACUUAAAUCAAGUUUGGUUUUGAAGGCUGGGGUGAGGGGCAAAAUUGUUACUAGAUAUAAAUGUUCCUCAGCUUUCUGAAUACAUUUCAUGUCUUAGUGAGAAUUACGUUUUAUUUGGAGGAUUUCAGAGUUUCAUACGGAAUCAGGAAUUUUAAACAAGUUGCUUUUUUGUUUAAUGCUGGCUUUCAGUAAUCACUUGGGAUGAUCUUCUGGACAUAACUGAGCAUGUCCAGGUCUAUACUGUCAUCACUGUAGGAUAAAGUGCUAUGCCAUCUUGAUGGUUCUAUUUAUUAAGGUUGGAAUAACAUUUCAUUGAUUGUUUGGAUCACAGCUCAGUUCCUAUAGAAAACGAACUGUAAAACUAUCUGCAGACCAUGCAAGAGGCACAAUAAAACUUGAAGUGAG